AUGAAUUUAAAAAGAAUUCUAAUAUCAAUAUCAAUAUCCACGUAUACUUUUACUCUAGCGCAGCCUCAGUUGGCGCCGUUCUCGAGUUGCCAGUCUGGAUACCAAACUGCUCCAGAUGAUAACAGAAUCAAUAUAACCAGCGUGUACACUCAGCUAGAUAAAGCGGAAUCUGCCACGGAUAAUAUUCAAAUUGGCCAAAAUAUACUUAGAACUGUGCUGAUUGGUGAUAUGCAAGACACUCUCAGCGAGCGGAAUAGCUCAACGGACAGAUUAGCUACUUUACUAGUUCACUCCCGUGCUCUCUCUUUUGAGCUAUACGAUAACCCAGUCAGCCUCUGCGACCACGUCCUCGGCUCCAAUUCUACUUCAAACCACCCCGCUUGUCCCGCUCCGCAAGGUCAAGUUGCUAUCGGUGUACACACUCCACUCCCUGAACCCGCAGCUUUUGCAUCUCACCCGUACGCUCUCACUACCCUCGUAAACACUCUCCGCCUCCUUGAUGCAUCCGAUCCCGCGCGCGAAAUGGCUUGUAUCGAUGUUCCUCUCACCCCCUACUACCCCAAUGGCUGGUUCUACAAGCUCAUCUUUUGGAUCACCGUCUCUACUUGCAUCUCUUUCCUUGUCGUACAGUCUAUUGCAAGUAUCGGUGCUGCGUAUCGCAAAGCCAAGACCACAAAAUUUGUCAGAACUUGGGCCAGCAGACAGAGACUUGAAACUAGUCUUGUUGGUGGCAUUUCCGGUCAGAUGUUUAGCAAUACCCCUGGUUUACUGCGAUUCGUUACUCCUUCAGUCGGCAAUAUCAUUCUGCACACUCAAUGGUGCGCUGCUUUGGGUAUGGUGGCUGUAAAUUGGCCCUCUUUCUCCUACCCAUUCUUUAACCAAGUUGUGUGGUCUUCGCUGUUAUAUAACAUCUCGUUGACAACUUCAGAUCAUGUCGAUCCACUAUCAACCCAACCAUUGUCCAUACCGUCUCCAUUCGAUACCUUACUAUUCGAGAAUAACACUUCUCCGUUAUAUUUGAAUAGAGAUAGUCCAAACAACCUACUCGAUGAUGGAAACGUCAGCCAUGCUGCAGGUUUGGAUAGUUUAUCUCAAGUUAUCGGUCUACAUAAAGAUGACUUGUACGGUUGCUGUAUCGCUUUAGCUUUGGCAAUUGCUGCUGUAUUGAUUGCUGCAAGUCUCUUGUUAUGGACUUUGGAUUCCCUGGGUAUCAUUAUAUGGAGAAGACACGCAAAUAAAGGUCGUGAAGAUCGCAGUCUGGUCAAGAGACUUUCUAUAUCUAACAAUGGUUCCGAUGGCAGUGUAGACGACAGACAAAAGUCUGUUCAGGAACUGACACUCCCGCAAACUAACGACUCAUCCGCUUUCAAAAGAUUCCAAACAACUACUUCCAACAAUCACAACAAUGCCCGCUCUGGUUUCCGUCGUGCUAUUUGGGAGAUGAGGUUGGGUGGUGCAAGUGGUGGGUUUCACUGGAAAUUGUUACAAGGCAAUUUACUCAGGUUGCUUCUACUCUUCCACUUCCCUAUCACCAUCUUGUCGGUAUACCAGCUGUCAUUAAGCAACGAUGGCGCUACCAAAGUCAGUAUUGCAUUUGCUGUUCUUUCUCUCGUCUUCAUCGGUUUGGCUUUCCCAAUUUAUAUCCUUAUUAGAGUGAGCAGGACUCCAACAGUAAAACUAUACGAUGCAACAAGAACAAUUCUCGCUCUAGGUCCGCUUUACAAUGUCUUUAGACCUGGUAGUCAUUUAUUCUGGGGUUUCUUUUUUAUGCAGAAUCUCAUUGAGGGUAUCAUUAUCGGCGCUGUUCAAGUCUCAGGUACUGCUCAAUCUGUAGUUUUACUUUUAGUUGAACUGGCUGGCUUGCUGAUGAUAACCAUAUGGUCACCCUGGGGCUACGGCGCCCAGAUGGGACUGCUCACUUUCCUCAAUUCAGUUGCCAGAGUGAUUACGAGUGCUUUGCUUAUUGUUCUGUGUCCAGCUGUGAACAUCAACUACGUUGCAGCGGGAUGGGUGACUUACGUCAUAUUCGUGAUACAAGGCAUAGUUUUCGCUGUCGCUUUGAUCAUAGUCUUGACAAAGAUCCUAGAGGGCCUGCUGAGACUAUUUGCUGGUUUGCCAUUCAUAGAAGACGCGCCUACAAAUGAGUCUGGAUUAAUGGGUGCGAUAUCCUCAAUCGGCAGCAAAGGCAAGAACCCUCAGGAAGGCACUAACAGUGCAGUUUCACGCACUACAUCAAGACAAGGAAUACUAGAUAGACAGUCAGACAUUGAGGCGCCUAGAAGAAAUAGAAGGAAGAGCUUCAAAGGAGGAUCAAGCGAUUAUAGUAUGUCGUUUAACACGGCUAUAUCACCAAUGCGUGAGCAGGAUGAUGAUUACAUCAUGUCUGCCUGGAGACCUACUACAGCCUUUGAGGACAGCAACAGCAGCGACGAAACUCACGGCAACUACCUUCAAAGAGUUGUGGAUGAUGAUAGUGAGAGUGAAAGCGAUGACAAUCAUUACGAAGAAAAGACACCUCGUCAAUCCCUAAAUCAAGACGUUAGAGCCACCACGCCAAUUGUUCCUCCAUCUCUACCAAACAGCUCUUUCAUCACCAAUAACGACACAUUACAGUCAUCACAGAAUAAUGAAAUGUAUAGUGUGCAUUCAGAAGAUACACUUGACACUUCAAAGCGAGCACGGACUAGAUCAUUCAGUGCUGUUGUUGAGGUGUUUGGCGAACAAAAUAAGAAUCAUCAACCAAAACACUAUAGAAAGGAUGAUAAUUCGGAUGAAGAAGGCAGUGGUGGUAUUGGUGAAGCAAAAUAA